ACUUUAUUGACAGAUGACAAUUUUGACAAUGCAGGAAAACGUUGUAUUGAAAGUGUUUUGAAGGCUUUUACUGAUGGCUGUGCGUGUGGGAUCGCGACAUGGCGUGGGACAAUCAGGCUCUAAUUGAAGAAAACAAGCAAUGUUUGACUAUGGGUACUCCAGACGGCAAUCAGUCUGCACAGGAUUCUUUAGAUCUUCCAGUGGAGCAAAGUAGUGAAGAUCCUUCCAAUGACUGGGGUGCCAAAAACAGUGUUGCAGUUAUCUAUUCAUCUGAUGAACAACAUACAUCCUUCGGCAGAGAUUUGUGCAGCAGUGAACCAGAAGAUCCAGAAUCUAGGAAAAGCUGUGAGGCACGUUGGUGGCAGUUAUUUCAGCUAGUGGAAAGGCAAUGUCAAGAUCAAAUUGUUGCUCAACAAGAACAGUUUAAUAACCAGAUACAGAUCAUUCGAGAUGAAUUUAAACACUUUAUCCAGUCACAGAGGAAUAAAUCUCCUACCAAUUCUUCCACAGAAAAUGCACUUUUGGCAAUGGAAGGUAAUAUAAAAACAAAACACUUACAUGAUCACAUGGAGCAUCUGGAAGAACACAAGAUGCAAGCAGCCUCUACCAGUCCCAUACAAAUGACUGGUGAUCUUGAUAUGCAGUACAAAACAUUUAUUACGCAAGAACAGUGUAUGGAGAAUACAUCUGUUAGUAGUGGCUAUGGAACACAUUCAGUCUCAGAACCAAAUACUCGCUCAACCAGUUAUAGCCAUAAUACUCUAUGGGAUAGCAGGGAGCAUGGUAAACAUAACUCAAAAGAAUGCAGAGCAGAACCCGUCAUACAUCAGCCUUGCGUACAUGGCUCUAGUAAUAGAUGUGACUUACCAGUAGCAGAGAUACCAUCAAAAGAAGUGCUGUUUACAAUGGAUCAUAAUUUAUCUAACAAUACAGAGAGAAGAAAGAAUAAUGACAGAUCAAACAAUAAAUCUUUAACAACCUGGGCUCAAAAGUUUAAGCAGAACUAUCAAAAGAAGCUUCAUCCAACUGAUCAGGCGUCUGUCCACUCCGCUCAGGCAAGCUCUCAAAGUGACAGGGAUGCAGUCACUCAGUCAGAAAACACUGAUGGUUCAUCAUAUGCAUUUUACCUCAAUAACCGCUCCGCCAGUGCCAACUCUUUGGUUUCUACUGGAUCUGGAUUUACCUACUGGACGCUGGAUGAGAAGGAAAUGUACCAUCCAUUGCCAGAAAACUUGGAAAUUGGACUUUCAAAGUUUUUAUCAACUAAAGAGUCUGAUGAGACAAGAAUUCCAUCAUUAACAGAUAUGUACCAGCAAAAACAAAGAGAAGGUAUCCACCAUCCUGAUUGGAAAUCGUUAUCACCUUCUGAAUAUAUUCAUCCUCCAGAGGUGCUAACACUAGAUCCAACGCUACACAGGAGACCACUCCAAAGUUCUGUAGAUUGUAGAAUCCCUUUAUCUCCAGACUCAAUUUUGGAAAAUUCAUCCUUCAGCCAUUACAAAGCUGCAACUGUGUCUGCGGCAACCUCUGCCUCGUCUUUGUUGGGUGACUCUCCAAAUAGCAAUGCCAACAGCCUAGUAGAAGCACCUGAAGAAUGGAAAUCUAAUUUACAACAAAGCCGAGUGACUCUGGAUUACAAGCUGCAUCUUACAGAUACCAUGUCUGAUGAGAGAGCAGUCUUUAUCGAUGAUGAAAUAAACAGUUUACCUCCCUUAUCAAUGGCUACAUCACCAGCUGAGGAAAAUAAAUCUACUGAAAACCUCUCUAUGGACCAUCCUCUUGUGCUAUCCAGCAUCAGGCAGAGUUUAAGGGAAAAGCAUGAUCGACAUUUGGCAGAUUUGCAUGACUAUUAUGAGUCUGAAAUCAGCAGUCUAAAGCAGCAGCUUCUUGUCCGUAAUAUAUCACCAUCUUCUGAAGAACUUAAUAAAAUUAACAGUCUUUCAGAAAGAUGUUCUCAAUUAGAAGCAGCUCUCACAGAAGCCAGCACUCGAAUCCGCUUACUUGAAAAUAAAAACCAUGAACUUGAGAUGCAAGUGGUUGAGUGGAGAGACCGGCAUGAAACAGCCAAUAAUACCUGUAAAACUUUACAAGAACACACAGAGGAACUGCGAGCUAGAAACAAAGAAAAUGAAAACUCUAUCAGCAGAUUACAGUCUAGGCUGAAAGAAAAAGAAGAAGCCUUCGAGAAAUCAUUCAGACUAUCAGAAGAAAUGGACGCUAGAAACAAAAAAGAACAAAAAAAGUUUAAAAAUCUUCUAUCAGAAUAUGAAUCUCUUGGAAAGGAACAUGAACGCGUAAAAGACACACUACAUUUCACAGAAAAUAAAUUAUCUGUUGCACACGAUGAAAUUAAUGAACUAAAAAGAUCAGUUGCGAAGCUGGAAGGUCAAAUUAAACAAGUAGAGCAUGAACACAUGGUAAAACUUCGUCAAUUAGCCGAAGGCCAGAUAUGGCAAUCUAGUGCUAAGUCUGAUAUAGUUGGUGUAGCUGGAAAUGUGCAUUCUUUGGAUGUGACUAGGCGGAAGUGUGCACUACCUGGAGCAGCAUGUUCAGUCUUUACUGGCCAGCCUCUUGAUAACAAAGCAAGUGAGGGGGAGAGCAUAUCUGAAGCAGAGUAUGUGCCAAAGAGGUACAGUUCUCCCCCAGAAAAGGAUGUUUCAUAUGACACUUUUCCAUCUAAAGCCAAAUGGAAAGACUAUGAGAACCAGGAGAGUCCCAUUCUAAAGGCUUUGAGAGAUUUGGAAGAAGAUAAAAAAAUGAAAAGCUGGGGCACCCAAACGACAAAAGAUAACAUUUUUCCUAAAUCUAGCAGGAGGCAGACUGUUGAAUUUUCAGGCUGUUGGAGCCCUUGUGGAUCUCCUGAAAUACAUAAAUAUCGUCAUGAAAGACAUAACUCUCCUUCAGGUCCGAGGUCGUCUUCCGUACCACCAUCUCUCAGGAAGUCCACUGUUGUUACUCCAACAAAGCGGGAGCUGAUGAUUGCACCUAUGUCAGUAAAGUACAGCCCAAAACGAUCUCCAAGAGAAAACUUUUCUCCAGGUUUCAGCCAAGCACUAAGUAAUGAAGAAAACAACAUGACAAGGUUUGAUGUCGUUUGGGACAAUACUGUUAAAAACCCAAGUCCAAGGAAAAAACUUGAGUUCAUGUCUCUGGAAGAUCCGGAAGCAAUACAAAUGAGUAGCAGUAACCCUGAGAGCGUGAGCAGCAGCCAGCCACAGCUUCCUAUAUUAUUACCGCCAUAUGAGACUGAAUUCACAUACAAAGAUAGGAUGAAGUAUGUUGCAGAUACUGAGAGGUUGUUUGAUGAGCUAACGCAUGAAAAGCAGCAGAUAGAAGCUGUCCUAAGCCGGCUACCCUGUUCCGGAGGGAGGCUCAGUCUACAAAUAAGAGUUAAGAAAGAAAAGUUAGAGGACCGUCUUGAAAAGAUUAACCGAGAUCUAGGUUCAAUCCGGAUAACCCUGAAAAAAUUUAAUGUCUUGCCAACAUCUGCAAAUAUGUAAAACUAUGGUGGCACUCAUGUGAUUUAAUGUACUGAAAAAAAAAUUAUGGCUUCCCAGAAAGGCUUUCCAAACCAUGUUCUGCUUGGAACUGUUUUUUUUUUACUCUCUCAGAGCUGUAAAUAGAUUUUUGUUAUAGAGGUUUGAAAUGAAACUGUACAUUGUAUAUUUUAGUAUGUAAAGAUAAGCUUUUUUUUUUUUUUCACUUGUUUCCAAAAAAAUGCCAUAUAUCCACUACAUAAAUGUAUGUAGGAUAUAUGUUUUUCUACCAAAUAAAUACUAGUGGGUCUCCCAUUUUACACUGACAUUCCUUUUUGUACAGAGAUACCUCGUGUUUUGAUGAACCAGUGGCAUAUUCCUUGGCACCCAUAUAUAACUUUAUUUUUACUCGUGUUUACAUUUGAAAAGAACCUCAGCUCUCUGCUAUCAGUGUAUCCUGCACUUAUCUUUGUGUUAGCAUAUUAUGUAUUUUUCAUAUACACAGAAAAAAAGCACACAAUACAGCAAUAAAUAUUUUGUAUUAUG